GAAAUAUGGAAAUGUUUUCCGCAUGAGUGUGAGAAAUCAUACCUUUAUAAUGGUGACUGGAUUGCCACUGAUCAAGGAGGUCCUGGUCAACCAAGACCAUGUGUUUAUUGAUCGCCCCCAUUCUCCUAUCAUCGACCAUAUUUUUUAAAUCACUUGGCUUAAUCAUGUCUAAUGGCCAAGGGUGGAGACAGCAAAGAAGAUUCGCCUUAAUGACACUAAGGAACUUUGGCUUGGGAAAGAAGACCCUAGAAGAUCGCAUGCGGGAGGAGGGCAGGUAUCUCACUGAGGCUAUCAGGGAAGAAAAAGGACAGCCUUUUGACCCCAACUUUCAGAUCAAAAAUGCUGUUUCCAAUAUCAUCUGCUCCAUAACUUUUGGGCAUCGCUUUGAGUACCAUGAUUCUCAGUUCCAGGAGCUGCUGAAGAGUUUGGAUAAUGUUAUUAUCCUCUCAGGAACGUGGGAGAGUCAGCUCUUCAAUAUGUUUCCUUCGAUAAUGAAAUUCCUGCCAGGAUCUCACCAACAGCUCUUUAGAGAAUGGAAAAAGCUAGAGACUUUUGUAGAACAUGUGAUCCAACAACACAAGGAAGACCUGAACCCAGAGGAGACCCUGGACUACAUUGACGCUUACCUGAAGGAGCUGUCCAAGGAUAACAUCCAUUCAAGUUUUAAUGAAAAAAACAUAAUCUUCUGUACCCUGGACCUCUUCUUGGCUGGAACAGAGACAACUGCAACCACUUUGAGGUGGGCACUGCUAUAUAUGGCCCUUUAUCCAGAGAUACAAGGCAAAAUACAAGCUGAGAUUGACAGGGUGAUUGGUCAAUCCAGGCAACCCACCAUGGCUGAUAAGGAGAUUAUGCCCUACACUAAUGCAGCUGUUCAUGAGGUUCAAAGAAUGGGUGAUAUUUUCCCUUUCAACGUGGUCAAGGUGGCCACGGUUGAUACCACAGUGGCAGGAUAUCAUGUGCCAAAGGGCACCAUGAUGCUGACUAACCUGAGUGCUUUGCACAAAGACCCCAAGAAGUGGGCUACCCCAGAAACCUUCAACCCAGAACAUUUUCUGGAGAAUGGUCAAUUCAAGAAGAGAGAGGAUUUUCUGCCUUUCUCAAUAGGAAAGAGGGUCUGCCUAGGAGAACAGCUGGCUCGGACUGAGCUCUUCCUUUUCUUCACUUGCCUGCUCCAGAAAUUCACAUUCAAGGCUCCCCCAAACACCCAGCUGAACUUGGAAUCCCGAUAUGGCAUGACUGUCUCUCCUGCCUCCUACCAAAUCUGUGCCAUUCCUCGAGUGAUGUAGGCCAAGCCAGGCCUGUAGGGUGGUCCUCCAAGUUGGGAAUGGGAAGGCCUUCAAACCAUUCUCAUCCUCAAAGGGGUUAUACAUCCUGUCUUUUGGAGUUUGGGUGGGGAAGGGAGAAAAAUCAAGGGGGGAGAAGAGGAGAAAGAGACAAGGGAAGGGUGUCUCAUCCAAUUCUAAGCUUCUGGCACUGAAAAAGGGAGGCAUUAAUGCCACCAAAAAGAAAGCACAAAGAGUCUUUACUGGCAUUGGAUUCCAAGCACUUGGAUUUAAGUCCCAGCCCUGCCAGCUACUAGCUGGGUGACCUUGGAAAAGUUAAGCCUCUGCCUCAGUUUCCUCAUCUAAAAUGAGAAGGAGGAAUAUUUCUAAGGUCUCCUCCAACUCUAAAUCUAAAACCUGAUGAUGCUAUAAACAGAAGGCUAAUGCUUUUCCUCCCCUACCUCAAUCAGUGGGGACAAAUGGGGCUUUUUGUUUGGUUGGUUACUUUUUGUUCUCCUGCUCUUAUAACUCAUACACCAUGUGUGAUUUUAGGGGAGGGUUCAGAGAGUUUAGGUGAGUUACAGGAGGCAUCCACCAGUUGAUGAGGAUGAUCACUAGAGAUCCUUAGAGACUGUAAACUCCUUGUGGGGAGAGACUGUUUUCUUUAUGUCUUUGGAUCUACAGCAUCCAGGCCAGCACCUGACUUGGAAAAGGAGCCCAAUAUAUACUUGCUGAUUGUUUUAUCUCUAAGUAAUUCACUUUUAUGUUCAUUAUGUACCUUGACUUUCAUAAAAUUAUUAACUCAUCAGCCAAUGAGAUGGGUUCCUCAUUCUGAUUAAAAUCCUUGUUAUAGAUGAUAACUCAUAAUCACUCCACUAUUAAUUAUAGUGACAUGGGGCUAGGAAUGCCUACACCUUCAGAAUUUCUAGUCUCUUCAGGUUCCCCAUUACUUAAGUUUCCCUGUUCUUGUUGGAGAUGUUUACAGAAAGUUCAUUUCCAUGCUGAUAUUGCAAACUCUUGUUAUAACCCAGCCAAUCAGAAAAUGUAAACACCCACAUGAAUCAUUGUGAUCAAUGUUUGUCAUUUAUUAUUUAUGUUCUCUUUUCAAAUGUUCCUCAGUUAUACCUAUAAUAAUGUUCUGUGAUUUCACAGUUAGGUACUUGUACCAAAGUUUUCCAUGGACCCAUUUUAUUAUCCAAAUUGCUACCCAUUGCUAAUAAACUAAUCAUGC